CUCUCUGCUCGACUCCUCUCUCGCUCUUGGCCCUGCUCUCGCACGCCUAGCCUUGCUGCUCGUGACCGCUGCCCUCCGGUCGACCCUCGCCGCUCGCCUCUCGACGCUUAGUCUCGAGCCCCCACUGCCUAACCGCCCUUUCUUGCGGUCGACGCUCAGUCCCCACGUUGUCUUCCAGGAAGACUUUUCUCGCUCGUCGCCGUAAGAAGCCCCUGUUCUUUGCACACGAAAACGAGGGCUUUAGCAGAACCAUAAAGGGAAUCAGUCGGGGCUCUUUCCUCUUGUGGCGAAGGUUCUCGUCGCUGUUGCCAUUCGCUGUACUCUCUCUGUGUCUCUAACACUCAGCGGCGUCCUCUCACGCAUCGGAGAGAGAAUGUCUUCCCUGAGGAAUGCGAUCAGUCGGCGCGCUCACAAGGAACGACCUCAGCCACAAUCAAGGAAAAAGUUUGGGCUUCUCGAGAAGCACAAGGACUAUGUCGUCCGUGCGAGAGCCUUCCACAAGAAGGAGGAGGCUUUGCGGAAGCUCAAGGAGAAGGCGGCCUUCAGGAACCCAGAUGAGUUCUACUUUAAGAUGAUCAAAACUAAGACUGUCGAUGGAGUUCACAGACCAGAGAGUCAGGCAAAUAAAUACACCCCUGAAGAACUCAUGUUGAUGAAGACUCAAGACAUAGGAUAUAUACUUCAGAAGGUGCAGAGUGAGAAAAAGAAAAUCGAAAAGCUAACUGCCAUGCUGCAUUCUCUUGACGAUCGUCCAUCGAGCAAUCAUGUUUACUAUGCGGAAGACAGGGAGGAGGCGAAAGAGAUGCAAUCAUUGUCUUCUAAGAAUGGGAAAAUAUCUUUCGAGGAUAUUCCUGAUAAUAUAAAAAGGAAAACAGCUGCUUCAUACAGAGAGCUAGAGGCAAGAAAAAGUAGAGUAAAUGAUUUGGAGAAGAUAUACAUGGAUAUGUCGCUGCAGAAGGAAUUGCAGAAGAAGGGCAAAAAGCGAAAACUUCGUGCAGAUGAGACUGUCUGCCCCUCCUCAAAACCAGUAUACAAAUGGCGGUCAGAACGGAAGCGGUGAAAUGAAGCUUUUUCUCAACUUGAUGCUUCUCUUUGCGCAAGCAAUGGUUCUAAUGACUAUAUAUCUCUUCUACGAAACUUACCUGUUUGACAAUCCAGGUGGCAGAUGAACCAAUGUUAACCCGGGCCACAAAUUUUGACACAUGAUAUUUACUGUAAACCUUGAGUUCGAGUGCUUGUAUCGUUAAGUUAUUUGUUGAACAUAAUUGGUGAAAUCCAAGUUGGUCUAUUUUU